CUUUCAUCAAUCACACUAAUCAAAGAAGCAUCUAACCUUCUUCUUCCAUUCCUCUUCCAUCUUUUUGCUCAGAUAAAUUGCCGAUCAAACCUAAUUCCUCUUCCAUUCGAUUCUUUAGAAUUUUCUCAUUCCACCUUGAGAUCUUCACUCUCUUUUUUUUUCUCACUAGAAGAAAUUACCUAUCACCUUCAAUUCUUCAGCAAAAUCCAACACCCUACCACAUUGGCACCACUUUUGCUAUAUAUAUAUAAAUGCCAUAUAUAGUACACUUUCUAACCAAAUCAAGCUUCUUGUUUUGCUAUAAUGGGGCCUGAAACCAGCCAAACCAGCCAUUACUCCAUCUCUGCAUUCAGCAUUUCAGCUUUAAAGCUCUGCUUCAACACUUUUCUGAUCUUCUAACAGCUUUCAGCUUUUCUGUCUUGUCUUUAAUCAUUAGUACCCCUGUUUUCGACAAUUCUCCAUCAUCCUAUUCCUAUAAAGCUGCUUUUCCUUAUCUGCUUAGAAAUUAAUCUCGGCCAUUUCAAUUUUUUUGCACAAAUGGAGUUGAGUUUAGCUAAUAAGCCAGUUUUAAUCAGAAAGCCUCAGUUACUCAAAGAUUAUCUCCUCGAUGAUUUGAGCUCGUGUUCAUCUAGUGGCUUUCGAUCAUACCCACGUCGACAAUGUUGUACCUCUGUUCGAUUCCUUCUGGAAGUUGACCUUAAAAAUAAGCCGCCCAGAUACAUCAAAAAGCCACCCCAAAAGAGCCCUUUAAAGCCGCCGCCGUCAGCUUUCCAGAGGGCUUCCGCCGCCGUUAUCAAUACCUUUAAGUCCUCCAACAACAAGCUCAAAUUCACUCUGUUACCCAGAAGUCUGUCCCGGAAGCUUCUUAAACGGAGCUUCUGGAAGAAAUCCGACCGGAAAGAAAUCCCACCGCCACCUCCACCGGCGAUUCUCCGGGUGGAGAAUCCUAUUGCUCAUUCGCCUCCGUCUCCACAGCCUCCGCCGGAAUUCGUUGUCAGUCCAGUCUCAGGGGAUUCCAGCUGCUCGACGAGUGAUAGUAACUGUAAAAGUAAAAGUAACAGCUGGUCGGACAGUGAAUUUACUGCCUCAUCCGAUAUUUGUAGCGGUGUUAAUAAUAAUAAUAACACUAGUCCAAUUUCUACUCCUGGUAAUUCUACUGUUGAGAUUUCAAAUAAGGCUCUCGAAGAAGAAGACGACAUCGUUUUGGAAAGAGACAAAGUGAUCAGCAGCAGCGGAGGCGUCGGCGUAUUACCCGGCGGAGAUGAUGAUUCCAGUGAGGCAACCCCCACCACCACCACCACCGCCGUCAGUGAUACUAUCAACGCCACCUCUACUAACUUAAAGCAAUGUCCAAGUCCAAUUUCAUCAGAUGUACUGGAAGGGAUGCAAUGCCCAAGUCAUGAAGAUGUGAAGCAACAUUUCAGUCCUGUGUCUGUGUUAGACUGUCCAUUCGACGACGAUGAUGAAGUCUCUGUCUCAUCCUCACCGUUCCAACAUAGACUUGCACGUAUGGAAGGGACUAAGAAAAGGCUGCUGAGGAAGAUCAAGAAAUUUGAGAGGCUGACUGAACUGCAACCGUUGAAUCUGGAAAAGAGAAUCAUUGUUUUAUCCGAAUCUGAUCAUGAUUCGGAGGGAAGUUCUGGUUACGUAUUAUCUGAGUCUGAUCGCGAUUCGGAUAGAAACUCUGGAUACAUUUUAUCUGAGUAUGAUGGUGAUUCAGAUAGAACCCCUCCUCGCAGUUCGAUUAGAAGCCGUCAAUUUGUGUCAUCUGAAUCUGAUCGUGAUGUUGCUGAUUCUGAUAGAAGUCCUCCUUGCCAUUCUUCAGAAUCAAGCAGUGAGGAUUUCAUUGAUUACAGCGAAGACGAAGAGAAUCAAGCUACUUCAGAUAAGUCUUUCAAGUUACUUCAGCUAGCAAAAUCCACCAUGCCAUCAUUCUGCAGUAUGAAGCUGAAAACAAAUUAUGACAAGUUACUUAUGGAUUUCUUCAAGGAAGGAAUGGAAAUGGAGAAAAUCAGCCCUGAGAAUGCUAUCUGCGUAAGUAGCAACACCAAAAUACAACUAGAUCACGAGCUGGUAGCAGCCGCGAAAGACUGGAUCACGGGGCAACCCCGCGAACUUUAUCUUGGAUGGGAAGUACCAAAGAACAGAGAAACAUAUAUGCGAGAUAUGGAAAGGGACGGAACUUGGAGGAGAUCGAAUGAGGAGAAACAGGAGGUGGCUACUGAGUUGGAAGUCGAGGUUUUUGCUACCAUGAUGAAGGAACUAUGCCAUGAUCUCCUCUCAUGAUCAAUCUGAGAGACUCUAACUCGAGGUUUGUUUUCCGUCUUUCAUUCAACAAGAAGUCUCGAGAUCUUUUGGUGCUGAUCAAUCUAGUUACUAGUCUUCCAGGGGGAAAUGUUAUGGUUGGUUCUUCAAUCAAUUUUUUCCUUACUAGUUUUCGUUUUAGGGGAUGCAAGAAUGGUGAAAUUUUGAGAAUUAUUGCCAAGUUCUUUCUCUCAAAGUUUCACCAUUUAUCUUUCCAAGUUCUAUCCCUUUUAUAUGCUGAGUGUGAUCGUAAAAGGCACUCAAAUAGCUCUCUCUUCAGUUAGUGUAACAGUGUAACUAGCCUUUCCAGUUUGUAGAAACUCUUGACAGUUGAUACACCUCUAUCAACUCUUCAAAUAAUAAUAAAAGCUUGGGGGAGUUUUGGUACUUUUGAG